UUUGACUGUGUACUUUCAGGAGCUAAAGUUGAAAUAUUACCAGUUGAUGAUUGAGCUUGACGAACAUGAGGGAUCCUACCUUGCAAUCUGUAAACAUUACAAAGCUGUAUAUGAUACACCAGAGAUCAAAGAAAACAAAGACAAAAUGAGGGAGGCUCUGCGUUAUGUAGUACUGUAUGUGAUACUGGCACCCUACGAUAAUGAGCAGUCAGACUUCAUACACAGAGUCAAGGAAGACAGAAAUCUGGAAGAAAUUGCCAAAUACCAAGAGCUUCUAAAUUGUUUCACGACGUCAGAGCUGAUCACAUGGAAGCAGCUGUGUCUGACAUACGAGAGCGAGCUAAAGUUUGGUUCCACAAGUAGUCCAGCUACCCACGUCUUCAACACAAAGCUGGAAGGGGGAGCAAAACGCUGGGCAGACCUAAAAAAUAGAGUUGUAGAACAUAAUAUUCGUGUGAUGGCCAAAUACUAUACCCGUGUGAGGACCAAGAGAAUUGCUGAUCUUUUGGACCAGUCUGAAGCGGAAUCUGAAGAAUUUUUGUCCAACCUUGUUGUGAACAAGACUGUUCAAGCCAAGAUGGAUCGCAUGGCGGGUAUAGUGAAUUUCACCCACCAAAAGGACCCAAGUGACAUUCUCAAUGACUGGUCCCACAACAUCACCACACUGAUGCAACUUGUCAACAAGACAAAUCACCUCAUUACCAAGGAGGAGAUGGUACACAAGCUCCAUUGACCAUCAUAAUUCUCAUCAAAAAUUAAUAGUGCUACAAAAGUGGUAGACCAAUAGUCGUCUAAACACACACAUUGUUUUUUAACAGUGGGACUUCCAGUCUCUAUUGUUGCCUCGGGCACACUGCCAUACUUAGUACAUCAGUGUGAAUUUAUAAGUUCAGAAAUCUUCAUAAUGAAGCCAUUUUCCUGGAGGUUUACAAAAAUUGCAUUAGAGUUCCUUAUAAAGAGAAUAUGGAUAAAUAUAGAAAGCAAUGGAAAAAAAACUUCUUCUAUUCUUUUCUUUAAUUACUUAUAUGCAGAUUCUAGUGCAUCGUGUAUAUUGAAAUAUUUCAUGAAAUUUCAAGCUUUUCUGAGACAUGCUGAAAUAAUUCGAAUGGAACAUUUCCUGUAUUUAAUUUUCACCAUUAAAAGGUUGAACAAAU